UUCUUUAAUAUAUAUGAUUUAGUUAUAAUAAAUUACGUAUAUAAAAGAUAAUCCGAGUUGUCGUAAGAUUAUUAGAUUAUAUUUCUAUGCGUUUAUCUUUGUUUACGUUGCAUAAUACAUUCAUCAGUCAUAUUACCAACAGUCUUCGUUCACAUUAUAGUUAUACAAUAAUGAAAAUGAGUCGUCAAGCAUUACUUUUAUCGUCUUCUAAUUGUCAUGGAUAUUCGCUUCUGCAGUUUGCUAAAGAAGAAAUUUCUUACUUUUUACAAAAAAAUAAUGUCACCCAAUUACUUUUUGUACCCUAUGCACAAAACAAUCACGAUGAGUACACAAAGAAAAUGAAAGAUGUCAUUGAACCAUGGGGUUUCAAUGUGACUGGCCUGCACACUUACCCAGAUCCAGCUAGUGCUAUAAAAUCUGCAAAAGCCAUAUUUAUUGGAGGUGGUAAUACUUUUCUCUUAUUGAAUAAAUUAUAUGAAAAUAAUUUAGUUAAUCUUAUAAGAGAAAAAGUAAAUGGUGGAAGUCUAGUAUAUAUUGGGAGCAGUGCAGGAACAAAUGUAGCAACUAAGAGUAUUCACACAACAAAUGACAUGCCUAUAAUAUAUCCACCUUCAUUUGAAGCUGUAGGUAUUGUACCUUUUAAUAUAAAUCCUCAUUACAUUGACAAAAUAGAAACAGAUACUCAUAAAGGUGAAACGAGAGACCAAAGAAUUGCUGAAUAUAUGGAAAUGACACAUGCAAACCCAGUUCUUGGACUGAGAGAAGGCUGUAUUUUACAUGUAAAUGGAGACUCCUUAUUGCUAAAAGGUGUUGCUGGUGCAGUUCUUUUUAAAAAGGAAAGCAAAGUUGAAUAUCCAGUAGGAGCAGAUAUAUCGUUUCUACUCAAGCAGUGAAACAAUAACAUUGACAUAUAACAAUGUUGCAGGCAACAGACAAUUAUAAAAUAUUAAUAAGAUUGCAU